AUGCGUCUUGUGAGUGUUUUAUUUUUUAUAGUUCUAGCUUUUGCUGUCAAUCAUGAUAAUUUCAGAACGUGUCAACAAACUGCCUUUUGUCGUCGUGCACAAAACACAAAACAACAGUUUCUUGUAAGUGGUAUUAUUAAACAAACUGAAACGUCCAUUACAUUGGGCAUAAGAAAUCCUACUGAAGGUACAACUUUUGAAAUGAGAGUAAGUGGAAUUGCAAAUGGUAUUUUCAGAACUAAAAUGGUUCAUGUUGGUGGUGGUGUUAAGUUUGAUCGUUAUGAGCCAGAGAUUGGUCUUGCAUUAACUGAAGAUGGAAUUAAAGAAGUUCCAAUCGUUAUUGAAAAACAAAAAGAGAGAGUGAUAUUAAAGAAUGGUCAAAGCGAAUUAGAUAUUGAUUUUACUCAUCUUAUUAUGACAUUAAAAGUUAAUGGUUUUGUGGUAUUAGUUGCAAAUGAUAAUCAGUCUUUACGUUUCGAAACUGGAAUAAAAACAAUUGAAGGAAAAGAAGUUGAUGGUGCUGGUGAAGAGGAAUUCGGUAAAUUUACUGAUAAAAAACCUCAUGGACCAGCUGGAGUGUCUAUGGGGUAUACAUUCCCAUUGUCAAAGAAGUUUUUUGGAAUUCCAGAACAUGCCACUGAUGUUGUUUUGAAAUCAACUGGUUCUGAUGGAUAUAAUGAACCGUAUCGAUUGUAUAACACUGACGUUUUUGAGUUUGAGUUAGAUUCUCCUAUGACAUUAUAUGGAUCUGUUCCAGUUAUUUACUCUCUUUCUCAAAACGCAGCUGGUAUCUUCCAUAACAAUCCAACUGAAACUUAUGUAUAUGUUGAUGGACAAACUGUUAAAUUUGUUUCAGAAAGUGGGAUUUUGGAUGAAUUUUUCUUACCAGGACCAAAGCCAAUUAAUUUAAUUCAAGAAUACCUUCAGUUAACAGGUACUGCUCCAAUGAUUCCAAAAUACUCUCUUGGGUAUCAUCAAUGUAGAUGGAAUUAUAUGAACCAAAACGAUGCUAAUGAAGUUAUCGAAAAGAUGGAUGAAGCAUCAAUUCCAUUUGAUGUGUUAUGGCUUGAUAUUGAGCAUACUGAUGAUAAAAGGUACUUUACUUGGCAACAAAAUAAAUUCCCGGCACCAAAUGAGUUAAUAGAUAAAUUAAAGAGUGCUGAAAGAAGGCUUGUAACUAUCGUUGAUCCCCAUAUUAAGAGAGAUAAAAAUUAUUAUGUCUAUAAAGAAGCAGUUGAUUCUAAUUAUUUAGUUAAGAGUUCGGAUAUUAAAAAAGAUUACGAAGGGUGGUGUUGGCCUGGCAAUUCUGUUUAUAUUGAUUUUAUUAAUCCGAAGGCUAGGGAAUGGUGGAUUGAAUUAUACAGUUUUGAAAAAUACCAAUACUCAUCACCAUACUUAAUGAUUUGGAAUGACAUGAAUGAACCAUCUGUAUUUAAUGGGCCAGAAGUUACUAUGCCAAAAGAUAAUAUUCAUACUGAUGGAAAUAAAACCUAUGAACAUAGAGAUGUUCAUAACAUUUAUGGAUUGAUUUAUCAUAUGUCAACAUACAAUGGUUUAUUGAAAAGAACUAAUGGAGUAGAUCGACCAUUUGUUUUAAGUAGAAGUUUCUAUGCAGGAAGUCAAAAAUUUGGAGCCGUUUGGACUGGUGAUACUGACUCUACUUGGGAACAUUUAAAAACAUCAGUUGCUAUGACUUUAAAUCUUAAUUUAGUUGGUAUAUUACAGUCAGGAGGAGAUGUAGGUGGAUUCUUCCAUGAUACCGAAGAAGAGUUAUUGAUUAGAUGGUAUCAAGUUGGUGCUUUUUAUCCAUUCUUUAGAGCACAUGCUCAUUUAGAUACUAAAAGAAGAGAACCUUAUUUGUUUGAAGAAGAGAGUAGAAGAAGGAUGAAAGAGGCAAUUGAAAUGAAAUACUUAUUGAUAGAUUACUGGUAUAAAGAAUAUUUUAUGUCUAUUCGUAAUAAAGAACCAUUACUAAAGCCAUUAUUCCUCAUGUACCCAGAAGAUGAAAUGACUUAUAAUAUCGAUAAUGAGUUUAUGGCAGGAAAUGACAUUAUUGUAACUGGUGUCUUUGAAAAAGGAUUAACAAGAGUUAAUCAAUACGUUCCAAAAGGAAUUUGGUAUGAUUGGUUUACAAACACCCCUGUAAAGAAUGGAUUAAGAACAGUUUCUGUUACAUUGGACUCAAUUCCAAUUAUUGUUCGAGGAGGAAGCAUUAUCCCAGUUAAGGAACGUAAGAGAAGAGCAUCAGAAUUAAUGAAGUAUGACCCUAUUACUCUUAUCAUAUAUGCCGAUGAGAAAGGAGAAGCAGAAGGAUAUCUAUAUUCAGAUGAUGGACUUACAACAAAACAGGACCAUGUUCUCAGUAAAGUUUAUUUGAAUUCCAAAGGAAUUUCAUGUAAAGUAAUAGAAAACGAGAAUGGAACUUCUAUUCCCUCAAGUAAAGAAAUCAUUAAAAUUGUAGUAAUAGGAAGUGUAAAACCCAAAUUUAUGUUUAAUGGAAUUAAUAGAGUCAACUUUGAUGAAUACAGAACUAACCAAUUAAAUGAGAAAGGGUUUGUUAUCAGAAAACCAUCAGUAACAAUGGACAGUAACUGGACUAUUAGUUUCUCUGAAUAA